AUGAAGAUUAUAUUGUUAUUAUUAGUAAUAUUAUAUCAAUUGCUUGAGAAGCAAGCUUGCGUGCCGAACCCUACGAACGAACAAGCGGCCGAUGUCUGGGACUAUUACGUGAAGAACCAUUACGAAGGCAAAACUAGACCUAUACGUGGCUAUUACAAUAUACCGAUGUCUAAAAAGGUGGAAUAUGGCAAAUGGCUCAUUCAAUAUGUCAAAAAACAAAGGAAAGUGAAAGUGCAGUCUGAGGAUUUCCUCUCCAGUUUCGAUAUGCCACCCGAUUGGUCAGGAGUUGGAGGCGAAGAAGGGCAGUUACCACCGCCGUGGGCUUAUGUAAAAGGAGGGUACUCCAGGCCUGACUACUGUUACGACCCGUUCAUAACUGGAACAUGCCCUCCGAAAUAUCUGAAAAACCUGGUUCUGAUACGAUAUGGAUACAAUUCUUGGACUGAGCAGUGUGAACGCUUUAAUUAUUCCGGUUGUGGCGGCAACGAAAACAGAUUCAUAAGGAAGUACGAAUGUGAAAAAGCCUGCAGAUCUGAUAGGACAUGCUGUGGUGACCAGAAUUAUAAAAUAUAUUAG